AAACUGAAUCUCAGAAUUCACCUUGGAGAAAAAUUCAUCCAACGUUUACAAUUAAAACAUUUUGGACCUUUGGAAAAUAUGGUUCUGGCACUUAUAAAAAUAAACUUUACAAUCGAAUUCGAAAAGUAUCAAUUAACGAUAUUGAUUAUUUUGAGGUUGAAACUCAAAAACCAGGAAUCACAUUUUUACUCGACAUCAAAAAUUUUCAUCUCUUACAAAAAUAUACCUGGUUUUGUUUUAAACGAAAAAUUAAUAGUACAUAUUAUAUUAGAACAGGUAAUAUUAAAAAAAAAGAAAGUUAUUUUCAUAGAUUUAUUAAAUCCGAAUGGAAGAUGAUAGAUCACAUUAAUAGAAAUGGUCUUGAUAACCGAGAAUGUAAUCUUCGAGAAACAAAUCCUAAGUUAAAUCGAUUAAAUUGUAAAUUACGAAUUGAUAAUUCAUCAGGAUAUAAUGGAAUUAGUUAUUAUAAAUCUAACCAUGUUUGGAGAUUUGGUUGGGUAGAACAUAAAAAACGCAAAAGUAAAUGUUUUAAAAUUACAAAAACUAGAACUUUUGAAGAGGCAAAACAGUUAGCAAUCGAAUACAAAUUGGAACACGAUAAGAAAACAGGAAACAUGAACG